CAGAGAAAGACAAUGUGGAAGACGGUGUUAAUUUUUACACAACAUUUUAAACCAGUUAACGACGUUAAUUAUUAGUUUUAUAAGAAGUAUUUCAUUUAUUGAGUUUCAGUAACACAGACAUACAUUUUAUAUAUUCUCUUAUGUUUGUUCGAGCCGUGUUUUAAGUAAAAGCAUAGAAAUUAAUGCAUCGAAGUCUGUCGUUCAUGUCUCGUUUACCUCCCUUACACAUAACGAACGCUCCCUUCAACGUCCGCUUCAUUUCACUUCCUGUUCAAUGACAUUUUUUUAUUAAAGGAGCGUUUAUCGCCUCUUUGUUUAUUAAUCAGAAAAUCCUCGAGUUUACAGUUGUAGAAGUGUCAAUCGUCGCACACAUUUAACAUUUGUAAACCACUAAUUAAUAAUGAUAUGGGACUACCGUCUGAGGUCCUCUACACGUAACAACCAGAUGAAAACUGCAGAAAAUGGUAAUGGUGGGGAGAUCCAGUGGUGUUUUUCUCAAGUGAAAGGUACCAUAGAGGAAGAUAUCACUGAAGCCGACAUUAUUUCAUGUGUAGAGUUUAAUAGUGAUGGAGAACUAUUAGCCACCGGUGACAAAGGUGGACGUGUUGUCAUUUUCCAACAUGACAAAUCUGUAAGUACUUGUUCUGUUUUCUUUUCAGUCAUUUUAUUUUGUGUGUCAUUUUUUUUUUUCUACAUUUGUACCAUGUCGUGCACAUGUGGUUGUGAUGCAUGUGCCUGGUGUACCCUUAUCAGACGAGUAGUCAUGAUGGGUAUAUUGGGCUUCGUAUAUUUCUGCCCCAGUGUCCCUUUGGUGGCAUGCACUGCUCUCUCACUCAAUAAUAAUAAUAAUAAUAAUAAUAAUAAUAAUGAUAAUAAUGAUGUUGUUUUUGUUUCAGAUAAGACAAUAAAAUUGUGGAAGGUGACAGAACGCGAUAAGCGACCGGAAGGUUACAACCUGAAAGAUGAAGGUGGUCUGUCUCGGGACUCCACCAACAUCACAGCUUUACGUGUCCCAGUAUUCAAACCCAUGGAGCUGUUAGUGGAGGCGAGUCCGCGGCGUAUUUUUGCUAAUGCUCACACUUAUCACAUCAAUUCCAUUUCUGUCAACAGUGAUCAGGAGACUUAUUUAUCAGCUGAUGACCUGAGGAUCAAUUUAUGGCAUUUAGAAGUUACUGAUCAAAGUUUCAAUAUUGUUGAUAUCAAACCUGCUAAUAUGGAGGAGUUGACAGAAGUUAUAACUGCAGCUGAAUUCCACCCAACAGAAUGCAGUCUAUUUGUAUAUAGCAGUAGUAAAGGAACUAUCAGAUUAUGUGAUAUGAGGGCACAAGCCUUGUGUGACCGACAUGCAAAACUAUUUGAAGAACCAGAAGAUCCAACAAACCGAAGCUUUUUCUCAGAAAUCAUCUCUAGUAUAUCAGAUGUAAAGUUUAGUCAUAAUGGCCGAUACAUGAUAACGAGAGAUUAUCUGUCUGUAAAAGUUUGGGAUUUGCAGAUGGAUUCCCGGCCAAUAGAAACUUAUCAAGUGCACGAAUACCUCCGCAAUAAGCUUUGCUCACUAUAUGAAAAUGACUGUAUAUUUGAUAAAUUUGAAUGUGCUUGGAGUGGAGGUGACCGGUACAUUAUGACUGGUUCUUACAACAAUUUCUUUCGCAUGUUCGACAGAGAAACUAAACGUGAUAUAACAUUAGAGGCUUGCCGUGAAAAUAUGAGAACAAGGACUAUAUUAAAACCUAGGAAAGUUUGUACUGGCAGCAAACGUAAGAAAGACGAAAUAAGCGUCGACUGUUUAGACUUUAGCAAAAAGAUUCUUCACACAGCCUGGCAUCCUUUGGAAAACAUUCUGGCUGUAGCUGCUACUAAUAAUUUGUAUAUUUUCCACAGUAAAGAUUAGCAAUUAGUGCUAUUUUUUAGUAGGA